GGUUCUCUCGGCCUUAUCAUAGGAUUUCCUCCUCGCGACGACUCAUCCUGGCACGAGGACAGAGCAGAGGACGCGGUAGUUGGAGAAGAAGUGAAGAAGAUGGCUGGUUUCCCGUCGGUGAAGGCCGCUCCGUUCACGUACGCAUCGCACGCGCUGGCACUGGCCUCGGCGGCGAUGGUGCUCGUCUGGUGCGUCCACUUCCGUGGCGGCCUCGCCUUCGAGUCCUCCAACAAAUCCCUCAUCUUCAACAUUCAUCCAGUUCUUAUGCUGAUUGGUUUUAUCAUCAUCGGGAGUGAAGCUAUAAUGAGCUAUAAAACUCUGCCAUGGAAUCACGAAAUGAAUAAAAUUGUCCAUUUCACUCUUCAUGCAAUUGCUCUUGUACUUGGUGCUGUGGGUAUUUAUGCUGCCUUCAAGUUCCACAAUGAAAGCGGAAUAGAUAAUCUGUACAGCUUGCAUUCUUGGGUUGGGCUUGGGACAAUCAGUCUAUAUGGUAUUCAGUGGAUUCUCGGGUUUGUAACCUUCUUCUUUCCUGGUGCUCCACCCGCACUGAGAGGCAAAUCUCUUCCUUGGCAUGUAUUAUUUGGGCUGUUCGUCUACAUUUUAGCUGUGGCCACUGCAGAGCUAGGCUUCCUGGAGAAACUCACUUUUCUGGAGAGUUCAGGCCUCUACAAGUAUAGUUCAGAGGCCUUCUUGAAUUUCAGCUACGCUAAAAGGGAGGAAGUAAACCGUGACAAGUGAGAUAGGUAUAAGGUGGACUGCAAUUGGCCUAGCUGAUACUGUGUUGUGCUGUUCAUGGCCUACUAGAGUGAACCUACAUAGAGCAAGUUUGUGUUGUGGGAUUUUGGAGAGCUGUAGCUGCUCCUUUGGUACAGCCUGUGAGCUCCUGUAAUUGGAGCCCCAGGGGAAGAAAGCUAAAAGCACAAAAGAGAAAAAGGAAAUCUUCUAGUAGUGAGCUUUUCACUUUGAAGAGGCGGAAAGAGUUUUGCAGAGUAACCCUUGGGGACAGCAAAGGGCUGUGAUGCCAACCUGCUAAAGUUAAAGUCUAAACUUUAGUAGACAAUGACACUGCAACAUUGGAACUUAAGGAUAAGUGUUACAGUGUCUUAGGAGAAUCAGAUCAUGGUUUCUUGUAGAAACUUGCUUUUUGUUUGUGAACAAACAGGUGGCUACGAGGCAGCUUUUAUACAAAGAUGACAAGUCUAGCAGUAAAGCUAUGUCCUAUGUUUCCUUUUCUUAGUUCU